GUAUUGAAUUGAAUUUGAAACGGUCGCAAAUAUAUUUUGAAAUAACAUAAUAACACAAUGACAAUGUCUGUGACGUAACUGAUCUAAUCAAAUUGUAAACAAACUUUGCCAAAUCUUAGUUCUUUUACAAACUUCUAUUUAUCAUGAUAGCUUUAUUUUGUUUUAUUGAAAUUGGAGGAUAUCGUGAAACUAAUUAUAUAUAUUUUACGGGAAGUAAUCGUCGACAAUCUGUCAGUGAAAUAUAAUAUUUUGCGGUAGAAAGCUGAGAAGGAUAAGAUAUAAUCAUUGUUAGAACUAGUAAGAUUGAUUAAUUGCUGAUAUAAAUCAUAAAAUUGAAAAUGGAUAUCUAUAACCUAUCCCGGGACCGUGUUAAAGACACGCUGAAGAGCCCACCAGCGAGACAUGUGUCAGUGAGUGAUUCCUACACUGUGUCUAUGUUAAGUGUGAGGGAUCCUGUCCCAGACGACGAAUCGGAUGUGAGUGUAACAGAAAGCGGAGACGACACGGAAUAUCUAGCGGAAGCCUCGUUUGCAGGGGACGCGGAUGAACACAUCAAAGACCCUUGUGCAAUUUGUUUUACAAAUCGUAACUACUCUAAGAAAGCUACACAUUUCUGCAGCGAAUGUGGACUUCUUGGGCAUUUCCUGUGCGAGCAGUGUUUGGGAUUUCAUAAGAAGUUUACCAACCACAAAGCGGUUAAAUCGUUCGUGGCCGCAAAAUACAAAAGAGGUGGUAAUAUGACAGACACUCAGAAAGAGCUUGAUAAUGAAAGAGAAAGUGUAAAGGUCGCCAAACGGGAAGUUAGUGAAAGGAACACAAAAAUCAAAGAAUUAGCAGUGGACCUGCAAACAGCCAAUGUUCAGUUGAAAGUAUUGCGUUUUAAGCUACAGUUGACAGAAGACAUGAAAUAAGGAAGCCUGAAUUAACAGAAGAGUGGGCUUUUUCAAGAAUUGACUGAGGACGGUGUUGUUUUACUGACACAAAAUGGCAAUUCAUUUGAUCUCUUAUGAUGAAGACUUAGUUCUAUAAGAAUGUAAACUGUAUAGUGUGCUGUUAUUACCGCUGUUGCGGUAACUUAUACGACAUGAACCUACACAAAAAUAUAUAAUCGAAACCUGUAACGCCCCCUCGAUACUUUAUAAAAUUAUUUUUGAUAUUACAUUUAGUACAUUCAUGAAAUUUUCCUACAUUUGUAAGAAAAUAUGUUGUAAAUCAAAUGUUAAAAUUUCAGCAAAAUUGAAUAGUGCAAUGAUAUCAUCUUAUUUAUUCGGCGACCACUACCCAUUUUAAGACAGGAGACGGCUUUACAGGUGUAGAUCUCGAGUUUCCUCUGGUGUGUGGUCAAACCAGAUCUAAAAUAUGAUAGAAAAAAGAAGUAAUUUUAUACGCCGGUGUAACGGGACGUAUUAUGGAACAUUUGCGGCGGCGGGCGGCGUGCUUCAACAAAAAUUGUCCGCUCUUUAACUUGAGCAGUUUUUGUUCAAUUUUCACAAACCUUGGUUCAAUUACCAGCUGGAUCUUACAAGUCUCUCUGGAGUUAUGACCUUUGAAUUACGCAAAAUUGUGAAAAUUAGAAUUGGCCGCUGUCUGACUUAGCAAUUCUUGUCCAGAUUUCACCAAAAUGAGUCAUGUUUAUAGACAUAAUAUGUUGGCCAGGUUCGACAACCAUCCGGGUUGUCCCAGCGGCUCUAGAAUUAUGGCCCUUGAGUUAGUAAGUAUUGCGAGAAAUUGACAAUGGUCUCCUGUGGCUCUCUAGAACUUGAGUAGUUCUUAUUCGAUGAUCACCAAACUUGGUCACAAUGUUUAUGGGCAUAAUAUCUCUGACAAGUUCAAUUAUCAGCUGAUUAGUCCAAGUCACUUUUUGAGUUAUUACACAUGAAUUACCCCAAACUAUGAGAAUUGACAGUGCAUGUUAAAUAACUUAAUCCAGUGUUCACCAAAUUUAGUCACACAGUUUACGGGCCUAUGAUUUUAGCCCAGUACGAUAACCAGUCAGAUCGUCUUUGUCUUUUGAUUGAGAAAACGUAUAACUAGGUUGCUUAAUAAGCAGAGUAUUUUAAAAGUCAAAAGUAACUUGCUGUGUGGGAGGUAUAUUGUUAUAGGUUGUUUUAUGAUUUUCUUGCCUUGUAAAAAAAUUCAUUCGUUGUAAAUUUCAGACAUUUUUUAUAUGUAUGUGGCCUUUUAAAAUAGGGUUGAGAUCGUAAAGUGAAUAAAAUUUUAUCUUAGCAAUUAUACUUCAGAUUUGGUUAACGUUUUUACAUGUUAUUUACAACAAAUUGUUUUAAUGAUAAAGUUGAGAAAUUUCAUAAAUGUACAGUAUGUAAAAUCACAGACAAUUGCCAGUGUAUCAAGUUAUCGAUAAGUGUAUGUUUGUUAGUUAAUUAUUCUUUUUAUCUUUUUUCUUAAAUACACUGUCUUUUUGUAUAUAUAUGGCAUUUAACCAGAUUCCACUGAAUCUACCGGCGAAGUAUGUGUACCAAUGUGUCUGGAUAUUGCAUUUAUUUUUAUGCAUAUUUAAACGCUACACUAUUUAUCAUAUUACUUAUCAAAUAAAUGUAAUUCAUUCGCUUAGAUGUCCAGUAGUAAGGGUAAAAUUUGUCAGCUUGCCAAUUCAGGUGAUAUCCAAUGUUUCAUAUGUAUACUUGUCACAUUGAAUUCAAAUUCCUCCUCGAAAAUAUGCGCUAAUGAAAUUCAUUAUUUUUCGGCGACGCCGUCUAAAUUCGUUUCGUUACCUAUGCCACGUGACCUCAGUUUGCAAAUCAAACUACUUGAUAACGCAUUAUAGAUAAUUUAUCAAAAUGGAAGAUUUAUGCAACACUCUGCCUGAUUGGACGAGAGUGUCAAUUUCUUUCACUCUGUUGAUUGUGCUACGCUGAGUGAAAUGUAGACAAAGCGUUUAUCCUAAACGACGCUGUUCACAGUUUUAAAGCUAAAUUUGGCUCAGUAUAUUUAGCGAGAAUAUUGAUAUAUCUCAAAAUGAUAAGUAAGUUUAAUAAAUAUGAUAAAAACCUGUUCAAAUACCAACAUAUAUCAGAUUAAAGAAAGAGCUGAAUACGGUCUGCGUAUCACAUGAAUAAGGGUGUGAUAAGAGUCUUUUAUGUAGAGAAGUGCUUUUUAAAAGAUUUUCCUUGUUACAGUUGUCGUCUGUAUAUGAAAAGGUUUCUUGCUUUUGUGACUUAUUUAGAUUGCAUAUUAAAAUGAGUACUUGUUUGCUUUGAUAUAUUUGUUAUAAAUUAUUUAACUGAUUUAUUAUAUAUGAAUAUUUUUCUUAAGUAUGGUAUGCAAAUAUUGAACUCAGUUGAAAUCUGUUUUAUUAUAUAUAUGCUAUAUAAUGACUGAAUCUCAUUACAUUGAAAUGAAGGUACGCUGCAUACAGUUUAUCUAUGUGAUAUGACUACGGUCAAACUUUGCUUAUGAAAAAGAAAUAUUGAAAUAGUUACUAUUGUAUGUUUUGCUUGACCUUCACUUUUUUAUAGGUGUGACGUCAUUGUCCAAAGAUUCAUGAAUAGCGAAUAUGCAUUUGUUAAAGCGGGAUCAGUUGGCCUAUUUUAGAAAUAAA